AUGUCUUUCCAAGAUGUAUUGAAACGAGGGGACGAGUUCUUAGAAGAAUACCCAAGAACUAGCCCAUUAUGGAACUAUGCGUCGCAUGCCACGUGCCUUUUCAUGAUUACUGGAUCCAAAAUUAUUCUCAACACUUUGUACAGGCCAUUUGUUCAUAAUAUCGAGAAAUUGGACAAUGCAUUGGCCAAAGCAAGAUUGGAGAACAGGGGUUUGCUUACCGUCAUGAAUCACAUGUCUGUUGUUGAUGACCCAGCUUUCUAUGCAGCACUUCCUUGGAGAUACCACUUGGAUAUAGACACGAUUAGGUGGGGGUUUGGUGCUCACAACAUUUGUUUCAGUAACGUGUUUCAAAGCUGGUUCUUCAACUUGGGAAAGAUAUUGGGCACAAAGAGAUUUGGUGAAGGUCCAUUCCAGGGCUCUUUGGAUGCAGCAAUUAGAAUAUUGAGUCCAGAUGACACAUUGGAUCUCGAAUUUGCGCCUGGUGUUAAAGAAGAAGCUAAGCCUAUAGUUUUGCAAACUGUUAACAAUGUUUAUGAUAAAUCAAACACGGAUAUGGUGAAGUUUGUCAAGCCCGCACCUGAAUCAACCAAUGCUUUGAUGUCCAAAAGUCCAUUCAUAAGGUCGAAAACAUCUUGGUUUCAUGUUUUCCCCGAGGGGUUUGUUUUACAGCUACAGGAGCCACACAACAACUCCAUGCGAUAUUUCAAAUGGGGUGUGAGUCGACUCAUUUUGGAAGCGACCAGAGCUCCAGUUGUGGUACCCAUUUUUUCCUACGGAUUUGAGAAGGUAGCCCCAGAGGACACUGCAGAAGAAGGUAUCAAAAGAUGGCUUCCGGCAAAUAUGGGUGCUGAAAUACAUUUGACAAUAGGUGACGCAAUUCCGGAUGAAAAAAUUGAGCAGUACAGACAAGAGUGGAGAAAGUUGGUGACCAGAUAUAUCGACAAGUCCCACGCAACGGAUUUGUCAGAGGAAUUGAAAACUGGCGAGAAGGCACAAGCUUUGAGAAGCUCCCUAGCGGCAUAUUUGCGAGAUCGCGUUUUACAACUAAGAAACUCAAUUCCACUGUUGAAUCCAGAGGAUCCACGGUUUAAGGAUCCAAAAUUUUGGAAAACAUACACCAAUACAGAAGGCAUGAGCGAUCAAGAUGUUAAAUUUGUUGGUAAAAAUUGGGCAGUUAAAAGAUUUCAAUCCCAUUUGCCAGAGUACGAAGAAGGCGAGUAG